AUGUUUGCCCGAAAGUUGCAAAACACUUUUUCUGAGGCGCUGCGACACGUCGACAGGCUGUACAACCUCAAGUUUGGCGGCAUGAGCCGAAAGGCGAUCUCACACGCGCCCUAUAUGAUUGACAAGUUUGUGAUGCAGGAGCUGCAGGACGCAUUCCCAGAAGAAUUUCGCAAGACCUCAAGCCACCGUUGGCGUCAAUCAGACGGCAUGCAAUAUGCCUUUUCCUACUUUUAUUUCCUGAUGAGCGUCAAGCAGCAGGCUAACAUCUCAAAAGUGUUUGACGCUGCUGACAAAGACCACUCUGGCGUUCUGUCUGAAAGUGGGAUUGAAGCUCUGGCCAUGAAAAUCUACAAGCUGCCACUCAAACCCGAGGACUUGACGAGGUUGAAGAAUCAGUUGAUCGACUGCUCAAAAACUCUUCCAAAUGACGUCAGGGAGCUGAAACCCAAUCAGGAGGUCUACCAUGACCAAAAGAUGGUCGGCAUUUCGGGUCAUAAGAAAACCCCUAAAUUAGUAGUUACUCGCCUGUCCAAAUAACAUUUCAGUCCAUGAUAAUAAUUCAAUGGUUUCCUUGUCUACAG